AUGUCGGAUUUGAUCUAUGCCGUGUCCGAAAACGACAUACGCAAGAAGGAGGACGUACUCACCCUUGUCAUACACUACGUGCUUAUAAGGAACGGGUACAGAUGCAUCGGGCUGGGAGUCUCGAGAGAGCUGACUGGGAACGAGCCGAGCUCGGAGGUCCUGCCGGGAUAGAACGCAGCGUCGAGCUACCCGAUAAGAUACGUCAACGACAAUUCUCUCUACAUUCUCAGGGGUGUCCCUGAAAACAUCGUGUUCAAUUUUUUGAAAGGGAAUGACUUGAACGUAUCGAACGUGGCUUUCAAUGCACAGAAUGCAGUCAACAGCUUGAAAGGGCCUGUCACUUCGUUGCUAGAGGAUUAUAGACAGGUCAUAGACAAAGUUAGGACAGAGCUUCUUGAGCCGCACAAGGACACAUUAAACAACAAAGAAGCCACAACACAGACAAACAAACAGAGUACCAGUGUCGGCACAUCCCAGGGCACUCCAACUUUGCCCGCUCAUAUACCUACACCGAUUAAUCCUGGACGUAUCAUUGGACAGCCUGCCGUUGAUCCAUUUUGGGUCGACCCUGAGAGGGAUCCUUUAAGGGUCGGUCGUAGUAAUUUGGACCCAUUCAGCAAGGGGGGAGGCAUGAUUUUUAAUCCGUUCGACCCUCGUUCAGGUGGUUUUAUGGAUCCCGGUGCUGGCAUACCUGGAGGUCUUCCGAGGGGUGCUGUACCUCCUGGUGCAAGGCUUGAUCCGUUUGGACCACCACGAGGUCGACCCGAUCAGAGGCCAAGGCCCCCACCAGAUGCAGAUCACUUUCAACCACCAGGAUUCGACGGAAUGUUCAUGUAAAAAUUCACAACUUUCAAGUGACUUCUUUCAUCAUAAC